AUGGGCAAGAAAUGUAAUCAUUCAGAAAUAUUUCCUAAUAACCCAAUGCUCAUGUGUAUAUGCGGUAGUUCGGGUUCUGGGAAAACUCAUCUCACUUUUAACAUGUUGACAACACCAAACCUUUUAGAUUUCGAUUCUCUGUAUAUCUACACAACAACACCAGAGCAAUCGUAUUAUCAAUUCCUCAAAGCUUUGGAAUAUUUACCAAAGAAAGACGUUCAAGACAUAUUUCAAUAUUACGAAGAAAACGAAGAAGAAGUGGAAAUAAAAGAUAUGAUAGAAAACUUCAUUAAAUCAAAGAAUCCAUCUUUCAAUCCAACGGAUAUAAAAGUUUUUCUUACGAAAAAUGUUAUUGAUCUAGACUUGUCUAAUAUUGAUAGCAAUCGAAAGAACUUAAUAUUGUUUGACGACUGCGUAGCGGAAAGAAAUCAAAUUGUUCAACAAGAAUUCUUCACCAAAGGAAGACAUCACAACUGUCACUGCAUAUACCAAUCCCAAUCUUUUUACGGGAUGGAUUCUAUGUUCAUUAGAAAAAAUGCAAAUUGUUUUUUAUUAUUUGAAUUAAACGAUAAAGAUUUAUCUCAAAUCAUUCAGUCUAUAAAUCACGGAAUGGACAGAGAUACAUUUAAAAAGGUUUGUAAAGCUCAAUGGAGAAACCCAGAUGAUCAUGGAUAUGUAUUUGUAAAUACUAGAAAACCUGCGGGAGAAAGAGUUAUGAUCGAUAUAUGUUAA